GCCCACAUUGCAGUUGAAUGCUUGUAAACACAGCUGCAAAGCAGAAGCAGCAGAAGUUUGGAGAAAUUUCUUCGUAGAAUUCGGGCGCUUUGAAGAAGUGCGCUUUUCGGGAUCGCCUUGCCCUUUCGAACUUAGCGAAAUGCUGGAGAGCGAUGAGGGUUUCUUUUCGCUGCCGAUUCAUUUCGUUUGACGGUGGCCGUCGAAUCGGUGUCCUCAGGUAUUGUUUUCUCCUUUCUGGAUUGCUCGGACCAUUUUAGGCUGAUGAAGAGCUGUUCAAUGGGUUUUACUCAUCUCAUGUAGAAGAUAUGCCUUCAUAAGAGCUUCAAACUUGUUGAGAUGGUUCAUUGCGAUAGCACAGACAUUGCUGAUGUAAGACCUGCCCUAACCCAACGGCAGGUUCGGUCUUAGCCAUGAAUGACCUAGAUCAGACACUUGAUACGGUUUCACAAGUUAUACGAGAAUUUGUGAAGGCCAACGAUGUUGCAUUAAGUCAUGCAAACAUUCAUGAGAAUUCGGACAUUGAUGUUAUUGAGGAAGAAUAUGAAUAUAUUCAAGGAGACUUCAAACGUUUAGGAUUUCCAUCAAGGAGCCAAACUGCCAUGUCUGACUCAAGUGAAAAUGAGUCAUGGGAUAUGAUGCAAGAUGUUGAGCUAGAAGACUUUGAUUUUGCACCCUCACCCCCUCCUAACAAUUUGAGUGAAGGUGAGCUGGAAGAUGUCAUGUUAAAUGGAGGCAUUUUUAACUGGCAGCAACCAUCCAUUAGUAGUGACAUAAUGGAUGACGAAAGUAGUGAUGCUAAUGAACUUGUGGUGUCGCGUUCUGGAUCAUCAUUGUCCGGUGAUAGUGAUGGCAGCCCCAGUACAAUUUCCCCCAUUGGAUUGAGUCCCGUUUACCGCGGGAGCCCCGACAGUGGCAGCAGUAGGUCUGACUGUGAAAACAACCCACUUAUUCCGAGCCAGUCACCUUGUUACUCUCGACCUGGAAGCCCUUGGCCCAUGUUUGCACGGCCCUCCUUCAAGAAAACAAGAAGCCCAUUUUGGACAACAUUUCGAGUACGAGAAUUUCGCUAGAAAUGUACACUUGUUUAUGGAUGAUCAUCAGUAUUUCAAGAUUACUUUCAUACAUUCAAAUUAAUUGCAUGUGUUUAUUUUGAAUGCAACAACACAACAUUAUUUCUAAUUAAUUUAAGGUGUAAAUUUCUCCUGGGUAAAGGUGAAGCAUUUCCUUUUUUAAAUAUAAAUCUGUAGCAAGCCUUAUGUGUUCUUUGGAUUAAUUUCAAGUGACUGUCUUUGAUAAUAUGAGCAGCUUUUGUACCAAGUAUCUUGAAAUUAAGUACUAGUCAUAGUCCUGUGUACAAUGUCCAUUGAAAAUUGAUUGUUUGCAUGAGGAGCUUUUUUGUUUUUCUGUCUGUUUGUUUUUUUCUUUGGAAGUUUCUAUUUUUUUUUUUGUAAGAAUGUCUUUAUUUCAGUUGGUUGAUUGUGUGACAUUUUUAUGCACAUUUGUUAUGUUUUUUCUUUAAAGUUUAUUAGUUAUUAUUCUAGAAUAAUGCCAUUGUAGAAACAAGAAAAUGUAUAAUUAUAUUAUUCUACAAACACAUUUUUCACUCAUUUCUUGUCCUUUAUUUCUUUAUCAUGUAAUAAUUGAAUCUAAUUCAUAAUUUGUUUUCAAAUUCUUGUUUUCAUCACUGCUUUCAUAAAUAACUGCAUGUAUAAGAUUUUUUUUGUUAAGCCCUGUGAUAUAGAGCUAAUGUGGCACAUGAAGUCAACCAUGUUUCCUAUUUUAUGUAAUAAAUGCCCUCAACUGUGUUUGAA